AUGGCGGGACCCAAGUUCGAUGCGGAAGGCUUGAGAGAUGAGUGGGAUUCGAUUGAGGCCAUCCGAAUCCGUCUGCGCUCCGGGAAACCUUUGCUUGAUGGUACAAUGUCCGAAUACUCGAUCAACAGAUGCAAGGCAAAUCGGGAUGUCAUGAUUCCUCUAUUGCUUCGCUCUGUGGCCUGUGAACACAAGCGCCCAGAGGUGGAGCUUCUGAGAGAAGAGAUCGAAAAUUUGCUUAUGAUGAAUCAGAGAGAGUUUUCGGAGUCGCAUAUUGAUGAUAUGGCAUGGGAAUUGCGCAAACUUCUUACUUUCAUCAAGCGGAAAGCCCAGCGACACGAGGAUCCGGAUUUCCAGGAUAUGUGCCUCAUCCUGAACCCGGAUUUGCAGGAGCUUGUCGACGCGCGCCGUCAGCCUGCAGCCGAGGACAUUCAUGAGUCGCCUGAUGAUGAUGCUGGUGCAACAAGUGAUCCAGAAAACCCUGACCCCAGACCAAGUGCAGCAUCAAAUCCGGCAGCUACGGCUACAACGACGCCGACGAGCACAGCUUCGAUGACUCCCCCAACGGUGGCACCCAAUCCACCUACUAGUGAUGCUAGUGUAGAAGCGGCUCCACUGCCGGCCCCAGUGGUUGCAGAGACGGGUCCAGCUCCGAUCAGUGCCCCAGCGGGUGCAGAGACGUGUCCAGCUCCGAUCAGUGCCCCAGCGGGUGCAGAGACGUGUCCAGCUCCGAUCAGUGCCCCAGCGGGUGCAGAGACGGGUCCAGCUCCGAUCAGUGCCCCAGCGGUGACCCCCAGUCGACCUGCUAAUGCAUCAGAUUCGGUGCCACUCCCAGUGAGUCCUGCAGCCGCAAGCCCAUCCGUGACGCCUCCCCCACGAGCUUCGACCAGCAUCCCGGACAAAACCCUUGCCCCGGAUGAGGCGGAGAAUCGCCGACGACAGCUGUUGCUUAAGCAAAGGAUUUUGCAGGCACAGCUUCGGAAUGCAAAGAUGCGGGCCUCUGCGCCCCCAGCUGCUGUGAGCUCUCCGGCUCCUCCUGUGGCCACUCCUGUGGUGACAAGAUCCCUGGACUCUGACGAGACCCAAGUGACGGACAUCUUUGAUUGCCCUACCCCAACUGAGCAUGCUGUUCCUUGUGACCUGGCCAUCGACAAAAGCUUGCCAGCUGAUUUCCUUCGUGAUCAGUAUCAGCACGGUGCGGCUGCUCAUGCAACCCCAACACGACUGUUGUUUGCUGCAGAAACCGAGCCGAUUGCUGAAGCAACCCAGCUGCCUGCUGAAGCACCCGAGCCGAUUGCUAAAGCAGCCGAGCUGCCUGCUGAAGCACCCGAGCCAAUCGCUGAAGCACCCGAGCCGAGUGCUGAAACACCCCAGCCGAUGGAUCCUCUCCAUGAUGAUGAGCCCAUUCCGGAUGAGUCGAAGGUGCUUUCUCAGCUUGGCCUGCGCAAACGCAAGAAGGACGUGAACAAGCUGGCCAAGGCCAAGAAGCCAGCUCCCAAGGAGAAGGUUAAGCGCAAGAAGUCAGGGCUGUGUAAAUUGCGCCGAAGCAAGCGGGCCUCGACAUCCGUGGCUUGCGGCAGUGGGGAUCCGAUGCCCGACGGUGAUGCUGAGGCCUGGUGGUCACGAGCAGACCACUGGGUUUGGGAUGAUGAGAUGAACAAUUAUGUGAAGCUCGAGAAGGGUGAUGGCUACAUUAGUGUCCAGACACCUGAGGAUCAUGAUGAUGCUGCUAAGGCUGCUAAGAAGGUCAAGACCAAAUGCAGGGUCAGAGGCAAGACCCCGGAGGCUGAGCCCGAGGAGUUGGAAGAGCGUGCCGCCCCGACCCCGAAGCCGAAAGCAAAGGCGAAGUCCAAAGCAAAAGCUUCCCCGAAGGCUUCCCCGAAGGCUUCCCCGAAAGGUGCUGCAAAGGCGAAGGCCAAAGCAAAAUCCAAGUCGAAGUCCAAAGCAGAAGCUUCCCCAAAGGCUUCCCCGAAAGGCGUUGCAAAGGCUAGCAAGAAGGGCGGCCGUCGACCCAGGGCAUCGUCAGUGGAGGCUUACGAUGUUGAGGAGCGCGAUGUGGAGUGGAUUUCCGAUUGGGUUCGGGAGUCAAAUCUCACAGGGUCUCUCGAUGAUUUCAAGCUGUCUGUCAAGCCCUUCCUCCCCGACAAUUCGUUUGGAUACCGGUGCAACAUCUACUGGACAACGGCUAAGUGCGGUGUGACACUGAGAUUCACGGAUGAGUCUGGUCAGAAGAAGCAAACCGAUCUCGUGACGUUUGGCUUUGGCAAGACACGCCUAGCAACAGCUGUUGCGAUUUCCUGUGCCUGUUCCGUUGCAGUUUGGUUGCAUUGA